AUGUCAUCAACUAAAUCAGGUUCCUCAAAAUACUCAUCUGGAAGUUCCAUUAGUUUAAUAAUGGGUUUUUCCAGAUCAUUAGAAAAAGGAUCAUUUGGUGUUUUGUAUGCAAUGAUCAAAGGAAAUACAUUCCCAAGAAUAUUAACUAUCUUAAGUAUGCUAAUUGAGUUUUGCCAAUUAUCAUCAUUUGGUUUUAAACAUCAAUAUCCAUGGGGUGGAGAUGCUGGAUAUUAUUUAAAAAGAAUUAUGUCACCAGUAAGCCAUCCAUCAGAUGUAUUUGGUUACUUGGGAUUUACAAUUUUAUUUUGGAUUGCUGUUGGUUUAUUGAUUUUGGGUUUUUUAAAUAUUUGGUAUGUUGCAUAUCAAUUUUAUCGUGGUAAAAUUGCAAAUAUUUGGAUUAUUAGAACUCUUCGUUGGUUUGUAAGUUUCUCAGUGGCUGUAUUAUUUAUUCCAAUCAUUUCCUUACUUUUAAUUGGUUUGGAUUGUGAAGGAUCAAGUGAAGGUACCAUCUUAAGAAAGUUUGACAAUGAAACCAUUCAAUGCUUUAGAGGUGCAAAUUUACCAAUUGCCGUAAUUUCAAUUAUUUUAAUUGUAGUUUUCAGUAUUGUUGCCUUUACAUCUAGUGCAACCUAUUAUGAAUAUGAUACAAAUGUUAAAUCAAGAUUUUCAAAACCACAUGCAAGAUUUGAUGUAACAGUUUUAUUUGCAAAAUUUGUGUUUGCAUUUUUCAAUUCAUUAGUCGAUUUUGUACCAUGGUUAACAUCAAUAACAUUUUUUGUUUUUAUGGUGAUAUUAACUUUUGGAUCAAUUAUUGUUUUACCAUAUAAUAAUCAAAGAUUAAAUCAAGUUAGAAGUGGAUUCUAUACAGUUGUUCUUUGGGUAUCAUUUAUGACAUUGGUAACUAUGGGUAUUAAUGAUGAAACAUCACCAGCUACAUGUUAUAUUACAAUUGUUGGUGUAUUCUUUGCUUUUCCAAUUGGAUUUUUCUCAAAUAUGUUUUAUUUCAAAUGGUUAUCAUCAAAAGUUUCCGAUAUUCAAAUUUUAAAUCAAAGUCCAAGUAUGGAUCUUAAAGAUGCCAAUAAAAAAGGUAAACGUAAUAGUGUUGAAAAAGAAUCAUCACCAACAUCAAAAGUAACAUGGGGUAAACAACCAAUUACAUUGGGUAGUAAAAGACAAAUCAUUUUCCCAUUCUUUAAAAAGAAGUUUGUAAUGUCAUUCUUUGUUGAAAUCAUGGCAAGAUCAAUAUUAAAUAAUAACAAUGAAGGUGUUUCAAGUAGUUCAAAUGAGUCAAUUGAACGUGCAAAUAAUCUUUAUCAAUGUGGUCUUCAAUAUUUCCCAAAUUCAGAUUUAUUAUGGAUGGCAUAUUGUAACUUUUUAUUCACAGUUAGAAAAGAUAGACAUAUUGGUUAUGCUGCAUUAGAAAAACUUAGAAGAAUGAAACCAUCAUUCGAUGUUCGUUUCUUCAUUUAUCAACGUGAUAAAGAAAGAGAACAAAUUAUGGAUUCAGAUUUACGUGGUCCAGAACAUACAGGUAAAAUUCAAGAUUUUGUCAGUUACAUGGAAUUUAAAAAACUUUAUUAUGGUGCUAAAAGACAUCAUGUUAAAUGUUUAAAUUAUAUUAAAAGAUUUUGGGGUCAUUUAUUACAUGAAACAGUUGAUCUUCAUCGUUUAUCAGAUUUAUCAGGUCGUAUUGCAACAACUGAAAAUAAAGCAAAUGAAAGUUAUGAACGUUUGUUAGCACUCAAUCCAAAUUCAGUUAGAGUACUUCGUGAUUAUUCUCAAUUCCUUGAAGAAGUUGUAAAAGAUAAAGAAUCAUCAUAUAAAUUACAAAAGAAAGCAGAAGCAAUCGAAGAUAUCAUGAGUAAAAGUCAAACAACUGAUUUUAAAAUUAGUGAUAUUAAAGCAAUUGAUUCCGAUGAGGAUGAUAUUGAAAAAACUCUUCAAGAACCAACAGCAAUUCAAUUGGCAAAGAUUGAUGCAGAUAUUGAAAAAUCAGGAUCAAAAUCAGGAUCAUCAAAAUCAAAAGAUGAUUCAUCAGAAUCAAGUAGUUCAUCAAAAGGUAGAAGAGGCAAAUAUAAGGAAUUCCAACAAAGUAAUGCAAUUAACAAACUUUCAUGGUUAAUGAUUGGUACAACAUGUUGUUGUAUUAUAUUUUUAAUUGUUGUAUUGGUUGUAUUCAGAGGAUUAGAAGUUAAACAUACCAAUGCAUAUCAAGGUAUCAUUUCAAUCACAGAUUGUGCCAAUGAAGCAGUUCAAAUGGGUAUGCAUUUAAAUGCAAUGCAAGCAUAUGCUUUGGUUGCUGGUGUUGGUAAUAAUACAGUUGAAGCAUCAUUAAUUGAAAUUGCUAGAAGAAGAGCUUUGGUUAAAAGAGGCAUUAUCAUUAUGAAGAAUAUUCAUGAUGCAAUUUAUUGGGGUGAAGGUAAUCCAGUUAGUUAUGUUGGUGAUAAUUUAUCCCAAUUGAAAGCAAGAGAUGGUUAUGAUAUUUUCGAUAUUGGUUCAGUAAUUUUCACAUUUGAUCAAUUCAAUCGUUCAAGUACUUUAUUGGAUAAUAAACAAAUGAUUGAACUUUACAGUCAGCCAUCAGUCAAUAUGUCGGUUUUAGUUGCACCACCAGGUUCUAAUACAACUUCACUCUAUACUCAAACUUAUAACGCUUGGAAAGCUGGUAAUGCUUUCAUUGAAAGUGCAAUGCUUGCUAGUGAUGUUACAUUUGAUGAGCUUAGAUACUCUGUCAACCAAAAUCCAAAUUUCAAAUUUGUAACAAUUAACGCCCCAGUAAUUAUGCCAGAUAUUUAUAAUAAGGUUCAAACAGCUUAUAUCGAUUCAUUGGUUUCCGAUAUCACUGGUACAUUAGAUGCAAUUCUCUAUACUUGGUGUGGUAUUUUCGCUGUACUCUUUUUAAUUUGUGCCGUUUUAUUCCGUCCAAUUGUUAGAAAGAUUUCUCGUGAAAAGAUUCGUACACUUGUAUUAUUUUCAUUGGCACCAAAAGAUGUUGUUGUUAAACUUUCAACAAAGAAAAUUAAAAUGGUUAGUUUAGAUAGUGGUAGUGAACGUGAUAAUCUUUUCGAUACAACAGAUGAUGAUGGACGUGAUGAUCAUCUUGGAGAAGAUGACAACAAUAUUCAAACCCCAGUUGGUGAUAAUAAUAAUAAUAAUAAUAAUAAUAAUAACAAUAACAAUAAUAAUGGUUCAAUAUCAUCAAACGUUACAAAAUCAGAUGGAGAAAUUGGUUCAGAUGGUGUUCGUAGUAGUAGUGGUAGUAAUGUUUUAAAUACAUCAUCACCAUAUAGAGAUAGACGUCCAUUAAUGGAUUCAACUAGUGUUUUGGCAUCAACAGCAACAUUAAAUAAUAGAAAUGUAAGAUUACAAGCUAAAGAUGAAGAAAUAACUAAUGGUGGUGGUGAAAGAAAAGGUAGUGAUGCAACAAGAACAGCUCUUUCAGAGGAUAAAAAAUAUGGUUGGGAUGGAAAGAGUAAAAGAAAUUUAAAUAAGAAAUCACUUAAAUCAAUUUUAGGUCGUCUUCAUUGGAGUUAUAUCCUUGCUACAUUCUUAUUGUUUGGUUUCAUCACUAUGGGCAUUUGGGUAACAUUCACUGUCGUAUUUAAUAAUUCUCAAUCUGGUUAUACAUUGGGUAAAAGUUGUUCAAGAUCAUUGAAUAGUCGUGUCAUCAAUUAUUAUGUUGCCGAAUUGUAUACCUAUAGUCAAUAUGUAAGUACUCAAAAUAUGGUUGAUGCAAUCACAGAAUUACAAAGCAGUCAUCAAUCAUUGCCAUACCUUGAAGAGGUUAGACCAUUGAUGGAAGGUUCAUACGGUUGUUGGGCACUUAAUAAAAGUACUUGUCUUCCACCAUCCUCUAUGUACUAUGAAGAAGUUAAUAGUGGAUUGGAUAGAGUUGUUGACAGUUUGGCAAAGAAAGCAAUUAAUUUGGCUUAUACCGAUCAAGCUGCCUUAUUAGAUAGUCCAGAUUUACAAUGGUUCUUAGCACUCAUCGAUUAUAUUUUCAUUGGUCUUGACACUGCAACCUUCACUUAUUUCGACUAUUUCUUAGAAAAACAAGAAUGGGCAAAUACAGUUUUAACCGCUAUUCUAUCUGUUAGUUGUGUUAUUCUAUUGGUAGUUCAUGUAGUAUUAUUUAGACCAUUUAUGAAUCAUCUUAGAAUUCAACAUAUUCAUACUUUAGCCUUAUUACGUUUAGCUCCUGAUGAUAUUAGAUAUAUGGAAGUUAGUGAUAAAGUUAUUGAUGAAGAUUAA